AUGUGGUGGUGGUUGGAAUAUUUCGAACGUUGGCGUGUCGAUAUAGCAUAUCGUUUGUUACGUUGCGUUUACAGUCAUAAAGAUUUCGAACAUCAUUGGUAUCCACAAAUUUUAAUAAUGCAAAUUGAUGAAAAUCCCGAAUGGCUUGUUAAUUGUCAAAAGUUAAUUGCUGUAGCGGAAUGGAUUAAAGAUGGUGCCGCAUCGAAUAUUGUUGCGGGUCAUACAAAUGACCCGGAUACCGGUGAAUAUUUGGGCUUAGUGGAAACUGCGGUCACACAAUUGAUCGGUGAAUCGUGCCUUAAUGCGCAUCAUUUGGUUGUGUCGUAUCAGAAUUUAAGUGAACUGAAUGAGACCGCUUCAGCAGUAAUUCAAUGUUCCGGUUUAGGAAUCCUGAAACCGAACACAAUUAUUUCCACAUUGGAUUUCUGGUGGGUUGUGGAAGGCGAUGAUCUUUUGCUAUCAUUUAUUUAUGUCAUAUGUAGAAAUUAUCGGUGGACAUUUACAAAACUUCGGAUAUUUGCGGUGAUUAAGGAAACAGAAGUUGAAGCUGUUAAGGAGCAAGUUUUGAAACGGAUUCAUAAAGCAUCGUUGGAAGCCGAUAGCAUAGAAUAUCUAUUGGUUCCUCCCGAUGAUAUUGCAGCUUAUGAAUCCGCUAAACUUUCAACUCUUAAUCAGAAUAUGCAACAAGAACAAAGAUCAAAAAGUCGACGGAUAUAUAAGAAUGAACCACCGCUUAGAUUGAAUAGUUUGAUUAGGAAAGAAUCAAUAAAUGCUGAUUUGAUAAUGCUUAAUUUACCGCGACCACGUG